GCCGUGAAUAGUAAACGUUUAAGGCCGGUAAAGCAAUUCAAAAUUUGUAUACUAAAGUAAUACAUGUUACUUGUCUAGCACACGGACUUCACCGUGUUGCUGAAGAAAUAAGAAACCAGUAUAAAAACGUCGAUCAACUCGUAUCCAAUGUAAAAAAAUCAUUUCUUAAGGCGCCGUCACGUAUUCAAAUAUUAAAAUCUGUUGCACCUGAUAUUCCAUUACCUCCGCAGCCUAUUUUGACCAGGUGGGGUACAUGGAUAGAUGCGGCUUCAUACUAUUGCAAUAAUUUUAAAAUAAUUGAACGCAUAAUUGAUAUGCUUGAUGAAAACAAUGCAGAAUCUAUCAAGAAAUGUAAACAAAUUUUAAAAUCAAAUAAUUUAGAAGCAAAUUUAAUUUUUAUUAUGUCAAAUUAUGGAUUUAUAUCUUCAUCUAUCACUCGACUUGAAAUCCAAGGCGUGGCACUAACUGAAUCCAUUAAAAUAAUUAAAACUGCAAAAGAACAUUUACAUUCUGCAAAUAUUCAAGGAUCUGCACAAGCUAAAGCAAUUGAUGACAAAAUUAAAAAGGUUUUGGAGAAAAAUGUUGGAUUUGAUCAACUACAAAAAAUAUCAAACAUUUUAAAUGGACAAAAUGAAUCAAUGGACGGUUUGCCUGCAGAUAUUAGUAGUAGUGGCUUACCAUUUUUUAAGUUUGCGCCAAUAAGUUCCGUAGACGUGGAACGUUCCUUUUCUAAAUAUAAAAAUAUUUUGGCUGAUAACAGGCGGUCAUUUAAAUUUCCCAACUUAAGAAUGUAUCUUAUAGUCCAAUGUAAUGCUCAAGAUAAAAACUCAACAUAAGAUGAAAACAAAACUGAAAAAAAGAAUACAAUUAUCUCAGAUCAUCAUAUAUAUCAUAAAAUCUAAAAAUAGUACUAUUAUUUAUUACUAAUUUAAUUUUUUUAUUUAAUUAAUUAUAAUGUUUUACAAAUAUAAUUUUUUUUAAAUGCAUAUUUUAAAAGCAUAUUUUUUGA